AUGACGCGACAGAACAAGGUUCCGGUCAAUCUGUCCGGGUUAGAGGGGCAUGAUUUCACACUCGCCCUCAUACCUUACUGGGACAUGGGCAACCAUGCCUAUCCCACGACGCCAGAGGAUCGGCCGGACGAGCGAGCGAGACUCGUCGCGGCAACCGUAUACAAUGCCGAGCACGAGCGUCUGGAAUGUUUCCUAGAUGGCCCGGAUCCGGCACCGGAAGCAGGACCCAGUGUACCGAUAUUUAUCGUCUACGGCCAGCGAACGGAUGCUGAAUUUCUCGUGCACAAUGGAUUUGUCAUCGCAAGGAAUCCACAUACGUCACUGAAAAGAUUGUUUAAACUGAAUCCGGAGGAUCCAUUGUACAAGGAACGUUCGCACCUGAUGAAGCUGCUUGGUAUCCCCACGGAGGGCACAUUCACGUUCGGCUAUCCAACGCUCGGUCACGUGUCACCGGAACUGAUCGCGAUCGCUCGCGUUAGCUCAAUGAACGAACAGGAGCUUGAACUCUACACCACGAUGGAAGUGCCCCAACGAAACGAGUUAAUCGACUACGAAACCGCACACCGGCCGGAUCUUAUGAAUCGCGCGAAUUUAUGGCUGGCCAAAUCAAUGCGCACCCGACUCCAGGGCUAUCCGACGACGAUCGAGCAGGACGAGGCGCUAGUGGAAACGCAGAACCGCCAGAUGCAUCCCAUCCGCCGGCUGCUGAUCGAGUAUCGGCUUGAGGAGAAACGGUUGCUACAAAGCUACGUCACACUAGCCUGCGAUGAACUGAAGCGCCUGAUGGCGGAAAUUAAAUUAGGCACCAAACAAUCCCAGCAGUUUGUGGAGAAAUAG